CAGAGAGAGAGAGAGAGAGAGAGAGAGAGAGGGAAGAAGACGCUGAGAGAGGGAGAAGGAGACGUUGGGUCAGAGCAGGUUUUUUAAGCUCUCUCUGUAUUUCUAGGGUUUUGAUUCGGGAUUUUACAGAAAGGAAGGAGAAAGAGAUGAGGCCCAUAUUGAUGAAAGGCCACGAGAGGCCACUAACUUACAUAAAGUACAACAGAGAAGGAGAUCUCCUUUUCUCUUGUGCUAAAGAUCAUACCCCAACUGUCUGGUUCGCCGACAAUGGCGAGCGAUUGGGAACAUACAGAGGCCACAAUGGCGCCGUCUGGUGCUGCGACGUCUCCAGGGAUUCAAUGCGCCUGAUAACCGGAAGCGCAGAUCAGACCGCGAAGCUUUGGAAUGUCCAAACAGGUGGUCAAUUGUACUCCUUUAAUUUCGAUUCCCCUGCGAGAGCAGUGGAUUUCUCAGUUGGAGACAAGCUGGCUGUGAUUACAACCGAUCCAUUCAUGGAGCAAACAUCGGCCAUUCAUGUGAAACGCAUUUCAAGUGAUCCCGCCGAACAGACUGGGGAAUCUGUGCUGACAAUCAGGGGACCCCAAGGGAGGAUCAACAGAGCGGUCUGGGGACCCUUAAACCGGACAAUUAUAAGUGGUGGUGAAGAUGCAGUUAUCCGCAUAUGGGAUUCCGAAACGGGAAAAUUGCUCAAGGAAUCUGACAAAGAGACCGGUCAUCAGAAGACAAUCACGUCACUUACAAAAUCCUCAGAUGGGUCCCACUUUCUCACCGGUUCCUUGGAUAAAUCUGCCAGGCUCUGGGACAUCAGAACACUGACACUCAUCAAGACAUAUGUUACAGAACGCCCAGUUAAUGCAUGUGCAAUUUCACCGCUUCUUGAUCAUGUGGUGAUUGGAGGUGGUCAAGAUGCAUCGCACGUUACCACAACAGAUCGUCGUGCAGGGAAGUUCGAAGCAAAAUUCUUCCACAAGAUUCUUCAGGAAGAAAUCGGGGGUGUUAAAGGGCACUUUGGACCAAUAAACGCUCUAGCAUUCAAUCCUGAUGGGAGAAGUUUCUCGAGUGGCGGCGAAGAUGGAUAUGUGCGGUUACACCACUUUGACCCAGAUUACUUCAACAUUAAGAUGUAGCUGCAUUUCACAUGCCUAUUUUUAUUUUCUCCCUCUUGCAAUGUUAUCUGAUACAAAGACUUUCAUUAUCUUUAAAAUGGUGUAAUUGAUCUGAGUCACAAACCCGAGCACUGAAAGAAGUCAUCUUGAAUGGGACUGAUGAAACACCCUUUCAAGCGAGGGAUUUUUGGUUUAAUAUUCAGAGGGGCAAUUUUCUUA